GCAGGUGGGUGGACCCAACAGCAGCUCCUCAGAGAACCGGUUCGGUCUCCACUGAUAUUCGGCGCUACUGAUAUGCCAGAACCGGGCUGAAUCGGUAGAAUGGCACCACUGUUCAGGCCUACUUUAGACCCGGUUUGAUCUCAUGUUGCUUGUUUGUUGGUGACUCUGCUUUAAUAUAUUUGUAAUCACAGCAUAGCUAGUUUCCUGUGAAUCAUUGGGUUCUGUGGAUCUUAGUGAUAUCAUUUCCCUUGGUAGGAAGUCUUGCCUGGCUAGGGAAUUCUGGGAAUUGAAGUCAACACAUUUUAAAAUUACAGCGGUUGAAAUACACUGUUCCAGAGAGUAUAGCAUCUGGUCUCUUCCUUAUUUAGAACAUCCCUUGGCGUGCAGCCAAGGUCCCAUCUAUUGGGAAAAGCACUUAGUUACAAAAUUACCACCAUGCUGACAUAUCAUCAGAAUUCAAAUUUGAAAUGCAUCUGAGGAAUGACAGCCAAAAGCCUUUGAAAUAUUUCAGUGUGGUCCUUUACAUACUUUACAAUCAAUCCUAACUUUUGAAAACUCCCUACCAUAAUGACCAUUAGAUUUUAUUCUGCCAGCAUAAGAUCUGAAAUACAAAUAAAAUACAUGUACAAACCAUGACCCAGGUGUGUUAUCAAUUUGUUCUCUUUUGUGUGGAGAUGAGUCUUUUUACUGCAGGACUAUUGGCAGGUAGGAGAUAGAGGCAAUGGGGGAUGAUUUUCCGUUGGUCAGUUGGGGAAAAGGACAGUAAGCACUGCUCACCUCAGGAUGUUUUUUCCAUUCAUGGCCUGCAGGAAUGAAGACAAUUAGCUGUCCUGGGAACAUGGCUUUCAGAAACGUGAACAGAAAGAGACAUAUUGGUCUGCAACAUCUUUCAGCUUUGGCUUCCACUGGACGGACACUUUUAGGACCCAUGAAAUCGUCUAAAUUUAUAGUUGAUGGAAGUAUUCCUGGUGGUGUGUUGAUUUGCUCUCCACUGAGACUUCUUGAGAACAUGGAUUUAAGUAGUGCUGUGGGGCAGCUUCUGAAUGAAGCCAUCCAAGCACAGAACAAAGAUUAUAAAACAGGGAUGGCCACUCUGUUCUUUCUUGUUGGCGCAUGGAGCAAUGCUGUACUUGAGUGCCUUCAGCACGAUGUUCCAGUUUCACUCAUAGUAGCUAUAAUGUCUGAAAGUUUGGAUUCUUGCAUUGAACAAGUGCAGUGUAUUGCAUUAUCAUUACACAGCAUACAGCAAAAGCUAAAUGAUAUUCCUAUAGAAUAUGAAGGCAUGAGCCUUAUCAAUAGUAGCUCUAGCCCCUCUGGAAAACAGUUUACUGGUAUUAGUAUUUUAAAUCUGCUUAAAAAUGAACUAUCAGAAGAAAAAUCAGAAGAUCAUAUGAUCCAGCAAACAAAUGAUAUCAGUCCAGGCACACCCAUCAUCAACAGUAUGAAAUGUUUACUAUCGGAGUCAAUGAACAGCAAUUUUGUUUACAGUGUUUGCAAGACAAUGAUUAAAAAACCCUCUGAUUUGCAUAAUUGUCAUUUGGAUGCCUUGACUUAUAACAGAAGAUCAAAAUUAACCCAUAGUAGAUAUUUUAGCAAUGUAAAUAAAUGUGAAUCACCACAACAAACAAUACAUCUGGAUGAAUGUCCGAAACCUUUUGACAAGCUUAGUUAUUUGGGACAACUCGCAUUAUCUCUUAGCCAUGGAAAUGAAUCUGCCCCAAAAAUGAUACAGGACAUUCUCAAAUGCCAGCUUCCAGGUGCCAACCAAAAAACUGAAACCCGUCCUUUCCAAUUUAAUAUUUCAGAAAUUGUGACAUGCUGUUUAUCAGGAAUAUCCGAAAGUCAUUCAUGUGUUCACCCUGGCUAUAUUACGCUUGUAUGUCCAGCAAAAGCUGCUGCUGUGAAGCAAUUUCAGGAUAUGCCUAUUCGUGUUAUUCUUGUAGAUGGUGACUUAACUGAAAAUUAUCGCCAUUUAGGGUUUAAUAGAUUAGAGAAUAUGAGCAUAUUUUCAGAAAAUGUGCCUCAUUCAAAGGAAAGCUCAAGCUUAUGGGUUGAUUCUAUAAUGGACAUUCUGAUUCAGUCUAAUAUUAAUUUAAUUUUGGUACAAGGUGCCACAUGUGAAAUUCUAGAAGAAAAAUGUCUCUUACAUAAAAUAGUGAUAAUUAAUCAUGUGGACCAUAAUGUGUUGAGAGCUUUUAGUGAUAUGAGAGCUGAGAUAGUGACUUACAUUAGUCAAGUGAAUGAGGAUUGUAUUGUCAAAGGCAUAUGCGUCAAUCUCUAUGGGACUCUGGAAUUAAAUUUGGUGGAGGUCAGUGGCCAAAUCCCACUUGCUUUAACAGCAGAAGGACUUCGAUUGGUAACUGUUGUGCUCUGUUGCCCUUUUAUGUCAAAGAUGCAAGCCAUGGAAGAUCAGUUUUGGACCUGUGUGUAUCGUCUACAUCAUGCACUUCUUGAUCAAGCUGUUUUUCCAGGAGGUGGUGCAGUUGAGCUCCUAUGCCUCAGUUUUCUUGAAAAACUAGAAGCAAUCCCAAACUCUACAGGCCACUUUCAUGUUGCCUCUUCCUGGUUCGCAAACUCUUCAGAACAAUAUAAAUCUUUAGUGCUUAGUGUUUUGGCAAGUGGUUGGCGCCAGUACCUUUUUGCUGUCAUGGGUAAUGCAGCAAAGUAUACAUCAGAGUUUGAAACCCACACUGUCAUACAGCAGCAUCUCAGAAGAGCAGCCAUGCAUGCUUCACCAUCUGCCUAUAUCUUGGAGGAAUUUAGUAAGGGAAAGAUAGGAGUAAGCAUUGAACAUUCUGCAAUAGGUGGAAAGGCUUUGAAAAUGUGUGACAAUAUUACUGCUAAAUUAGAAGCUUGGCGCAGAGCUCUAGAAUUGGUGCUCUUGGUCCUUCAGACGGAUGCUGAAAUUAUUACAGGCCCGAAAAAGGAUGAAUUGUUGAAAUCACAAGACUCAUGUGACUUCCUAUUUUUAUAGGAUUCUGUGUUGCUGUUAAUGGAUGAUUAACAGUAUUAAUUAGCUAUUAAUAGUAUUUGUGGGCAAAGUCAGGAGCAAAAAUGUCUCUGAAAAUACAGUCCAGAAUUAUGGAACCUUUGUUUCAUAAAACAAAGUUCACCUUCAGAGAAUGAGGUCAGUCCCAAAAGACUCAUUUCCAUAUAAAUUAUAACUCUGGUUUCCUUAGUUGGCAAUGAUAUAAUCUGGUGAAAAUUUAAUUGUAGCUGUAUCCCCUCUUCUAAAUGUGACUUAAACCCCCCCAUUCUGUGAAAAUUUUGUCUUUCAUCAAACAGAAAUAUUAAAGGGUUCAAUAGUAUAGAAAAGGUACUUUUAAAGGCAAUGUUUGUAUCAACAUGUUUGUUAAAUUUGUUUUCAACAAAUGUUUAUUGAGCAUUUAUGUUUAGAGUGUAAAACAAGUUUUUAACAAUGGUAUGUAUAUGUGUAAGCAAUAUAUUAGCUCUGAAAAAUAAUAUUUUACAUAUCUGAAACUAUAUUUCAUUUUUCUGUUCUGCUUUGAUUUAAAAUAUUUGAGAUUAUUGCUGUUCUUAAAAGAAAAAACACUUCCAUCAAACACAGCAUAAUUAGGUGUAAAAAGAAUUGACUGUUCUUUUUAGCCAGCAGAUGGCAAUCUACACUGCUAUUUACUACAACCUUAAAUACAAUUAACCUUAAACGUUUUAAUUAAAAACAACAUGGUUUUGUUGCACAUAAAACUGUAUUCAAACUGUGUUCAUACAGUUUGACAAAAGUUAGAGAAUCAAAUAAAAGCCAUAUUUGCAAAUAAUAGGAAAAAUAAGGGCUAGUCUAUCAGCCUGCCCCAGGUGCUUGAUAUGGACCCUAUGAGUUUUCAGAAGGAAGUUGGGAUUAUUCCUGAAGCUCUGCUACAUAGUUUGAAAUUAGAAUGCAAUGUGAGUCUUAUAUUGAAUCAUAUCUGUGCAGGCACUUUCAGUUUGUGAAUCCUGUAAUGUCCACUCUUUUAUGGAAAAACUCUCGGAGAUGAAACUGUAUGAGAUUCCUAGUGCACUGCUGGAAAAAGAAUGAAUCCAAUUGAACAUGGCUGACAACUUCAUUAGGACGUACCUUGUGAAAAU